GUGACGGGGCCUGGCGUUGAAGGCCUGGCGGAGGAGGCGGCGGCGAGCUCGGUCGUGAGGGACAAGAAUGAGUUAUGCCGAAAAACCCGAUGAAAUCACAAAAGACGAGUGGAUGGAAAAACUUAAUAAUUUGCACAUCCAGAGAGCUGACAUGAACCGCUUGAUCAUGAACUACCUUGUUACAGAAGGCUUCAAAGAGGCAGCAGAAAAGUUUCGGAUGGAGUCUGGAAUUGAGCCCAGUGUUGAUUUGGAGACCCUGGAUGAAAGAAUAAAAAUUCGAGAGAUGAUCCUCAAAGGCCAGAUUCAGGAAGCCAUUGCACUGAUCAACAGCCUUCACCCGGAAUUGUUAGAUACGAACCGGUACCUUUACUUCCACUUACAGCAACAGCAUUUAAUUGAGUUGAUUCGGCAGCGUGAAACAGAAGCUGCACUGGAGUUUGCUCAGACGCAGCUAGCGGAACAAGGCGAGGAGAGCCGGGAAUGCCUGACUGAGAUGGAGCGCACUCUUGCCCUGCUUGCUUUCGAUAACCCAGAAGAAUCACCUUUUGGAGACUUGCUCAACAUGAUGCAGAGACAGAAAGUUUGGAGCGAAGUUAACCAAGCUGUUCUAGACUAUGAAAAUCGUGAGUCGACACCCAAGCUGGCUAAAUUACUGAAAUUACUACUGUGGGCUCAGAACGAGCUGGACCAGAAGAAAGUAAAAUAUCCCAAAAUGACAGACCUCAGCAAGGGGACAAUUGAGGAACCCAAGUAAAAUGUGCAGGUGGACAUUUAACACUCGGAACUGCACAGUUAUAUACAUUUUUAAUCAGUCUGUGACUGAAAUAUUUUUACUACAGUUCAGGACUUUGCAAUUUGGUUGUGUGUGG